UACCAGUUGGUUGCGGUUGUUAUAGACAGAAACAAUAUUUUGAAUUUUACAGCACAUUUUUUUUUUUUUUUCAGCAUUAUCUUCUAGGGAAUUACCCGUCAUAUUUGUUGAUCAUUUUCAAGCCAAGACGAUAUACGAGUAGAGAGGUUUUCGAGCGGGAGACUGAAUCAGCACUCAGCAGCAGUUAACAAGAAUGCUUUAGGACGACGGACAGUGAAGACGGCUUUUUGCGGGCAGAAUGUGAUCCAAGAAAGAGAGAGAGAGAGAGAGAGAGAGAGAGAGAGAGAGAGAGAGAGAGAGAGAGAGAGAGAGAGAGAGAGAGAGAGAGAGAGAGAGAGAGAGAGAGAGAGAGAGAAGAAGAAGAGGGGGGGUGGGUGGAACAGAAAUAAAUAAAUAAUAUAAUCAAAUAAAAUAAAAGCAAUAAAGGCACGGGAAUCAAAUACGGGAGACAGAAGUACUGCAGUCUAUCGUAAAGCAUGUUGGCCAAGAAAAGAAUCUACAUCGCCCUCCCUCUGGUGUUUAUGGCGGCUGUCUACAGAGGUUUGGUCGCGGAUUACACAAGCUCUCUGAAGCUUGUCCUGACUCCAGUUUCUCAGAACAGAAAAAUACCAACUACAGCAUCAUACGACGUUGCGUUCGAAGACACCAUUUCGAACAGCACCUGGUCUUCAGCGUGGGUGCCCUCGUCAAGAACGCUUGGAGAAAAAACGAAAGAAAGUUUCCCCAAUGCAACUAAAGCAGAAAAAUCCGAAACGAAGAAGAUUCUUUUCUACACCAAGUUCUUCACCGAGGGCUGGCAGACCUUCCUGGGCAACAGGACGAACUUGACCUUACAUGGUUGCCCUGAAACCCGUUGCGUGUUCACCUUCGACCGCGACGGCGACCAAGACGAUGCGGACGCCCUCAUCUUCCACGCCAAUGAUUUCGACGCUAAGGCGGUGCCAAGGGCGCGGCGACCCCACCAGAAGUACGUCUGGUUCAACCUUGAAGCUCCGGUGCCCCUUCAAAGUCACCAAAGAGGUCGCGACUUCUUCAACUGGACCUUCUCUUAUAACAGGGACUCGGACUUGUUUUUGCCGUACGGGGUGUUGACGCCGCUUCAGGCUGAAGUACAUGACCUCACGGGUCGACCUUCCCUUCUGGAUAAAAGCAGCACGACCUUUUUCAAGUACAUGCAAGACCUGAACAACAACGUCUCCCUCGAGGACGACCUCAAGUACGACUGGUCCUCCUUCCUCCGCCGGCCGAAAAUUGCUGCUUGGAUGGUGUCGAACUGCCGCACCUGGUCAGGUCGCGAAAGGUACGUGAAGGAGUUGCAGCGAUAUGUACAGGUAGACGUGUAUGGCAAGUGUGGGACUCUCGUGUGCGACAAGAACCACCGUGACACGCACUGCUACACUGACGUCCUCUCCGUCAAUUACCUCUUCUACCUGUCCUUCGAGAACAGUCUGUGCCGGGAUUACAUAACCGAGAAGGUAUGGUUUCCGAUGCUCCACGGGCUGGUGCCGGUAGUCUAUGGAGGGGCUACAUAUACGGACUAUCUCCCCCCAAACUCCUACAUUGAUGCAAGGACUAUGUCACCGAGGGAUCUUGCUGUACUCCUUGUCAAGCUAUCCAACUCCCGCACAGAAUACGCUCGCUAUCACCUGUGGCGCCAGCACUGGAAGGUCACGCCGUUCCCUCCCUUAUGCGAACUCUGCUUCAAGCUUCACCGGGAGAGCAGCGUGACAACCGUGGUCGACCUCAAAGCCUGGUGGAGCUCGGUCAAUAACUGCAGUUACCUGCAACCGUCCUCGGCUUCUGGGGUUGAGUCCUUCUCGGAAAAGUUGUCCGGAGCCGCGAAGAUGCUGACCCUCUGGGCGAAGACGGCUCUGCAGGUCAUACCUUGACUUGGGAUGACCUUUGACCUCGCCUGGUUGAAUUGAAGUUUCUUGGUGUGGAAAUACAUUCGGUUGUUGUUUUCAUGUUAUGCCAGGAGAGAUUUUGUGAUGCGUCCCCUGUUCGGUUUUAAAAAAUUAUCUUGAUUUCUGGGUUAAAUAUUCGUUUUGUGUACCACGGAAGUGAAUGUUUAAUAAAAAUAACAAUAUG